AUGGUCAUUGACGCUUUGAUUAAUUCUGAUACCAAUAAAUAUGAAAUUACUGUAAAAAAGUCACCAUCAUUUGGUGUUGGUUACAAUGAUACUUUGAAAAAAUUAGAGGAUCAAUUUAAAUCAAUACAUGACAAUACCAAAAACGAUGAUCUAAUGAGAUAUGGUAUUAUCAAUUUCGAAGAUAAAAAAAAGAAAGAAUCAGAUUUGUAUACAACAUUAUCGAAUUUUAAAGAUGAAUUUAGAAUAACUCAUAAAAUUAAUAGAUCUGACCUUGAUGUACUAAAAGAUGAAGAAAUAAAACAAAUGUUAAUCAAAAAAUCAGCCAUAUCAGACAUCAAUAAGGGUGAAGCUUUUUUAAACAAGUAUGGUCAUAAAGAAUUGUAUACAAAAUUUGAUGAAAAGACAAUGAUUAUUAACUUAACCAUAUCAACUAUCAGGAUAUUGUGA